AUGGAUGAAACCAUACUGAAGGACAUUCAGGAUUUGAUCCGUAGACCUGUUACUUCUGAAAUGCUCGCCUUUGUAGCAGAGCAAGCGGCACUUGUUAUUCCAUGCCACAGCAACACAGCGAUAACAACAACUACAGUCGGUGUGCUACCUCCAUUGCACUCGUUUAUUGGCUUCCUGGUGAAGCGUUCCUCAGUGCGUACGGGUACAUUGCUGGGAUCACUGGUCUUCUUGCACAGGUUGCAACAAUCCCUGUCCAACAUUGCAAAGGGGAUGCCAUGCACAUCGCACCGUAUAUUCCUGGCUACAUUGAUAGUUACUUCAAAGGCAUUACAUGAUACUUCGCCAAAGAACAAACAUUGGGCAAAAUAUGCAGCCUAUUUCACACUAUCAGAAAUUAACUUGAUGGAGAAGCAGCUAUUGUCAUUGAUGAACUAUCAUGUUUUGAUUUCUCCUGCAGAUUUGUCUAACGCAUACUACCGCUUCAAGCAAUACACAAAUCCCACAGUAGCGGUUGAAAUCACGAAACCCGUAGCAGUGCUCACAGCAACCGCUCAACAUCAUGCAAAUGACGCUGAUAUCCCAACUUAUGCUGCUGCCACCAUGUACUCUAGUCAAUUGGCCCUGUCCAACACCUCCCUCUCCUCUGAAUCCGACUCGUCUGUUUCGACAAUGGAAGACAACGACACAGAAUCCUAUUACUACAAAAUGCCGCCCGUGGCCCAUAUUCGCAAUAGAAAAAACUAUCAAAUCUAA